GACGCCGAACCCCGAUCACGUGGACGAAAUAAACUCCUCUCGCGUUGCCCAAAAUAUUUCUGCUGUCCGUCCACCCACCCGCAACAACUGCUGCAACUGCAAAGCUUGUGUGUGAGCGCAACCCCUCCAGAAACAGCACAGCGACACCGACCAGCCAGCAGCACUCACAAUGACAGCCGCAAGCGUCGCUUUCUUUUCCGGGGACCAGUCCGCUCUCGAACUCGCCAGCUACAUUGCUACCGCAAAGGGCGAGGCUGACAACACCGGCCCCUUCUACGAAUCGGCGAAGAAGCUGUUGGCAGAGGAGAAGUACACCGAGGUCUUGACGCAGUUCGCCAGUGAGAGCAAGACGCUUUUGGGCGCUUCUGAGAAAGACUUUGAGCCAUUAUACAACCUCCUGUUUGCCCUGAUAAAAGAUGCUCAACCCGACAUUAUCCCCGAACUUGUGAAGAAGAUCACUGAGCCCAUUGUGAGCAGCGGAAUAGAAAAGGCCCACCUGAAGUUGAAAGUUCUUUCCAACCUAUACAACAACCUCGAAUCAAAGUCCUCCGCCCGCUACACCGUUUUCGUCGCCAUAGUUAACGUCGCCGCACAAAGUGAUGAACUGGAGAUCAUCACACCUCAUCUGGCAUCUCUGGAUUCAUGGUUGGCGGAGUGGGGAACUGGUGCUGAUGAGAAGAGGGCAUUGUACCUUUUGAUCAGCAAGAAGCUGGAGGAGAGCGGGUCUGCGGAUAAGGAAUGCUACCAGUUCCUCUUGAAGUACCUGUCGACAUUCGACGGAGCAUCCGCGGAAGCAAAGCCAUACGCUCUCCAGGCCAUCAAAUCCGCAAUCAAGAUCCCAGGCGUCCUUGCGUUCGACGACUUGUCCAACUUGGACACUGUGAAGGCGCUCGCUGGCUCCAAUCAUCUGGAGUUCCUGAAGAUCUUCUCUGAGGGCGAUUUGAAGCAGUACCAGGAGUUUGUCAAGAAGAACCCCAAGAUCGUUAGCGAGCUUGACCUAAACGAAGAAGACAACCUCACCAAAAUGCGUCUCCUCACCCUCGCCUCCCUCUCCGCCACCCACGUGCACUCAUCCGUCUCCUACACCACCAUCUCCACCGCCCUCUCCAUCCCCGAAGACGACGUUGAGAUCUGGGUGAUCAACACCAUCCGCGCCGGGCUCGUGGACGCCAAGAUGAACCAACUGGACCGCUCCGUCGUGAUUUCACGAUCUGUGCACCGGUCCUUUGGCGAACAGGAGUGGAAAAGCUUGGGGCAGAAGCUGGAGGCUUGGAAGGUAGAAUUGAAGGAGGUGUUGACGGUUAUUGGGAACGCGAAGCUGUUGGCGGGGAGUAAUGGGGCGACUGUUGAGGCUGUUAUUCAGCAGUAGAUGGGGUCCAACACCACCCGUAUCUCGAAUACAACCCACCUCUGGGGUAUCGAGACCACCCUGACCUUAGCAUAGCUAGAUUAUUCCGGCUUCCCUCACACACACACGCACCGCCCUUCCUCCGUUCCCCCCAUCUAUUUAGAUAUUUUUCUUUUCGGUAGUCGAGAGAAUACAUGUACUUAGAACGCAA